ACUGACAGGCAGGCAGGAGCCUCUUGCGUGAGCCUCGUCACUGAAUCGACCAGCUUGGACUAAACCAAACACGCCCCCACGACCUUAAACUCAUCGCAACAACAUUGAACUCAAACAAUCCCUGAACUCGAACCCUCCAAUUCAAACCUUGGCCGAUAAUUACAGAUCUUGAGGGGCCUACAUCGCGAUCGCUACCAUGUCUGACGGAGUUUUAAAGCCCGAGAAGGACUUCUCGAAGGAGGUUGACCAGCAGCUUCCCGAAGCUGAGAAGCUGGCUGCGUCCGGUAACCUCCAAGGCGCCAUUGAGAAGCUUGCUGCGCUCGAGAAGCAAACCCGACAAGCCUCCGAUCUUGCGUCCACAUCACGAGUCCUGAUCGCAAUCGUUACACUAUGCAAAAACGCUGGCGACUGGAGCUUGUUGAACGACCAGACCUUGGUCUUGUCCAAGAAGCACAGUCAGCUCAAGCAGGCCAUCACCAAGAUGGUCCAGACUGUCAUGGGCUUCCUUGACGACACUCCCGACCUAAAGACCAAGCUGUCUGUAAUCGAGACCCUGCGAACAGUAACAGAAGGAAAGAUCUUCGUCGAAGUCGAGCGAGCCCGUGUUACCAAGAUCCUGUCCGACAUUAAGAAGAAGCAGGGUGAUCUAAAAUCCGCCACCGAGAUUCUUUGCGAGCUUCAAGUCGAGACCUUUGGUUCCAUGGAUCGACGGGAAAAGACCGAGUUUAUUUUGGCGCAGGUCGAGCUAUGCAUUGAGAGCGGAGACUGGACACAGGCUGCUAUUCUAGGACGCAAGAUCAGCACUCGCUAUCUUUCUCGCAAGCCUAAAAAGACGGCCGAGCAGCUUGAGAAGGAGCAAAAGGAGCGUGAAAAGAAGAAGGCACGCGGCGAGGAGGUUCCCGAGGAGAAGGAGGAUGACACAACUGAUCUGAAGCUGCGUUACUACGAGCAGCAGAUCAUCCUUGCCAAACACGAGGAGAAGUACCUGGAUGUGUGCAAGCAUUAUCGGCAGGUUCUGGACACAGAAGCAGUCGAGGAAGACCCGACCAAGCUUCGACCUGUCCUGCAACGUAUCAUCUACUUUGUCAUCCUAGCUCCCUAUGACAACGAACAGCACGACCUCCUUCACCGAAUCCACAAAGACACACGCAACUCUGAAGUUCCAGCCGAAGCAGAACUUCUGCGACUCUUUACUGUUCAUGAGUUGAUGCGAUGGCCAGAGAUUUCUAAGAGAUUCGGCCCUCACCUCUGCAGUACCGAUGUCUUUGACGCCCAGCUGGGUCAAUCUUCGGACGACAAGGCUCACCAGCGAUGGCAGGAUCUGCGAAAGCGAGUGAUUGAGCACAACGUCCGAGUUAUUGCCAAGUACUAUACUCGCAUCCAGAUGAGCCGCCUGACUCAGCUACUUGAUCUUGCCGAGGACGAGACAGAGAAGUACAUCAGUGAGCUUGUAACUUCCAAGACUGUCUACGCCAAAAUUGACCGACCCGCACGAAUUGUAAGCUUCGCAAAGCCUAGAGAUGCUGACGAUGUCCUCAACGAAUGGAGUCACAACAUGAAGAGUCUUCUGGGACUAUUGGAAAGAAUUGAUCAUCUCAUCACCAAGGAGGAGAUGAUGGCACGAAUCCAGCCUGCCAAAUAAGAUUUUGGAGUACAGGAUAGAGCAGUUCAUAAUUCAUGACGGUUUGGGUGGUCUGUAAUUAUACAGGUUAGAUAGUCCUCGGGAUGAGGACGUAUGACAUGGUAUUUGGUGUAUUUCACCAAGUCUAUCUAUUCGUAUGCGUCUUAGUCUAUAUGCGUUUUCCCAAAAUUCAAUGAGAACGUCGCAACAAAAAAUCAUCCCUCGACAAGAAUUUUCAUUACCGCUCUACUCUAUGCUCAUUGUUCUGACCAUGCUCCUUGAUGAAGCCAGCCAGAGGCGCUGCCCACUGUUUGGACACAGGUACGUGGUGACCUCCUGGGUGAACAAGUACGAGAGGGUCUUGACAACGAUCUGUGAGAGCUCGGCUUCGACUCUCGUCAACCACUGUGUCAAGACUACCAAGGAAGUGUAAUGAAGGAGUCUUGAUCUUGGGCUCAUAGCAGAACUGGAGCGAGUUGGGGGUGGCCCAGAAUCCGGAGUACGAAACAACGAACUUAAGAGCCUUCCCAGAGUUUGCUUCUCUGAGGCCUCUCGCCCAAUCUCCCUCCUUUCCUUCAGGCAGAGUGCGUUCUGGCUCAAGAGCAGCUGCUACAAGUGCAGCCAUGGCACCACCCUGGCUGAAACCGCACACUGCAUCGAUGCCCUCUGCUUCUCGAAUGGCAUGUCCAACAGUAGCCAUGCCCUCGUCGAACAGUCGAUAAUUUCCGGUGGCUUCAUCUUUGCGGAACCAUGCCCAUGUAUCGGGUUGGUAGUCCUCUGGCUGAGGCUCCUCAGGGGGUUGAUAGCCUGGAAUGUCUUCUGGACUUAGGCGGUUGGGACCAGUGGCAUAAAGGAAGACAGGGAGAAGUGAGAUAGGGUUGAGUAAUUUGACAAGUGUCUUCUCCAAGGCACGAGUUUUGGCUCGGAAUAGAGCGCCAGAUUGUGUGUAGCCUGGUGAUAAAUGUCAGUGAGGGACUUGUGAAAUUACGAGUGAGUCCAGGGUAUGCUAAAGAUGACCGAGAGUCAUUUGGAAUGCGUCUCUUUGCAUGAAUGUCAUGGUUACUCACCAUGAAGCAUGAGAAUCUUGACCUCGUGUUUUCCAUUGCCAUUCGGCUUAGGAGCUGUGGUCGCGGUCAUUGUAGAUAAGCAAACUUUGUAUGAAGAAAAGGUGAAAGAUGAGGCUCGUCUAAUCGUAGUCACAGUUGGUCUAGCAGCAGAAAAAGUACUAAGAAGA